AUGCGUGAUGCAUGGGAGAUAGAAAGAAGUUCUGUUGAGCUCAUAGAAAGAAUUGGAAGUGGCCAAUUUGGUGAGGUGUGGCGAGGUCUGUGGAAUUCAAAAAUUGAUGUUGCUGUGAAAAUGCUGAAGCCAGGAUCAAUGUCAAAGGAAAGCUUUCUGGAAGAAUCGCAAAUCAUGAAGCGUUGUAAACACAAAAACUUGGUUCGUCUUUAUGCUGUAUGUUCAAUCGAUGAGCCUAUUCUUAUUGUUACAGAACUUAUGUGUAAUGGAAGUUUACUGGAAUUCUUACGUGCAGACAAAAACGCUUCCCUGCCUUUUUCCAACCUGGUUGAUAUGGCUGCACAGAUUGCAAAUGGAAUGUCUUACCUUGAGGCAAACAAAUUCAUUCACAGAGAUUUAGCAGCCAGGAAUAUUCUUGUUGGGGAAGCAGAAGUAAAAGUUGCAGAUUUUGGUUUAGCUCGGAUAAUAGAAGAUGAAGAAUAUAAUCCAAGAGCAGGUGCUAAAUUCCCAAUCAAAUGGACAGCUCCAGAAGCAAUCCUGAAGUCAAAAUUUUCUAUCAAAUCUGAUGUUUGGUCCUUUGGAAUUCUUUUAAUAGAAAUAUUUACUUAUGGAGAGAUACCGUAUCCUGGAAUGACAAACAGAGAUGUGAUAUCAUUUUUGGAAAGAGGAGAUAGGCUCACAGCUCCUAAAAACUGUCCCCAACAAAUUAAUGAUAUUUUGAAAUAUUGCUGGAAAUCAAAUCCUUCAGAACGGCCAACCUUUGCCUACCUAUAUGAUUUCUUUGAAAAUUUCGAAGCAUCAAUUGAAUGUUCAUAUGAUUAG